CAAGGAGUGAGUGCAUAAAAAGAAGUAACAAUAAUUAUUUCUUCAAGUACAUGAACCCAGCUGGUUUAGCGCUUCUUUAUAAUAUUAAUAAUAAUAAUAAUGAACCCAGCAGUAGGCCUACUGUCUCAUGUUAAGGGCUUGGCCUCUGCCCUAACCAUUAGGCAAGAUGGAAUCCUUCACCACCUCCAAGUGAGCUCCCUUGCCUUAUGCAAAACCAAAGUCACUUCCUGAGGCCUUGAAGGAGAAGCUUCAACAUCAGACUGACAUCAUGUGUCCAAGCCACCAGGGAGAGAAGUCUCUUUCCCAGGUCACUGAGGAGAGAAACUUUAACAUCAGUCCUUUAGAGCCAACAAAGUGCUGAAUGACAAGUUUCUUUUCUGGGGCUAAACACUUUCAUGUGAGAGUGAUGGAGUUUACAUUGUUAUUUGUGUGAGUUGCCUUGUUCCAAACAGUUUAUGGCAUUGUUGGAGCAUCAUAAAGAAAUUGUAGAAUAUUCAUAUAUGGAAAAAUGUUGUGGGUUGAUCACAAAAUGCUGCAAUAACUUGAAAUGUUUUGUGUUCAUCUGUGCAAUAUUGAUGCUCUUCCAAUGGAGUGAUUAUCUUGCUUAUAAGAUAAUAAGAAAGACAGUAGAAUGCAUUCACACAGUCACACAGCAAAAAACAAGUAUGAAUGUGAUGAUUGUGGAAAAGUGUUUUCUCUAAAAAGGUACCUGAACAUUCACAAGGUCAGUCAUGUAAGUGAGAAAUAUAAAUGUGAGGAAUGUGGAAUACUUUUUACAGGGAAGAACUACCUUGAGAAACAUAAGGCGAGUCACUCAGACCAGGAGACACUUGCUCACACACUGCCACUCAGUGAUAUAAGUGAGAGCAGCAACACUGUCAACAGUAAAGUGGACUGUCACACAAGUGACAAGUCUUCUGUUAACGAACAUAAAAUAAGUAAUUCUAUCAAGAAAAUCUUCAAAUGCAGAGAAUGUGGAAAACUGUUCACUUUAAGGAGAUAUCUUAACAAGCAUAAAAGUAUUCACAUACUUGAGAAACACUUUAAAUGUGAAGACUGUGGAAAACAGUUCUCUCGGAGAGGCUACCUUAAUAAGCACAAGCUCAUUCACACUGGUAAGACAAAGAAGCACUCAUGUGAGGAGUGUGGGAAAGUGUAUGUUAAUAAGAGAAGUCUGGAGUGGCAUAAAGCUGUACACACAGACAAGAGAUAUGAAUGUGACCAAUGUGGCAAGUUCUUCCUUCAUAUGACUUAUCUUAGUCAACAUAAAAAUGUCCACACGCAAGACAAAAAGUAUGAAUGUGAUGAGUGUGGGAAAGUGUUCUUGUGGAAGAGGAAACUUACUGAUCAUAAGCUAAUUCACACUGCUGAAGAGCAUGAAUGUAAUGUACGUGGCAAAAAUUUUAUUCAAGAGAGUAGUCUCACUGAGAAUAAACUUGCCCAUAUUUUGGAAAAGCUAGAAUGUGAAGCACCUGCUACACUGUGUGUUCAACAGGAACAACUUGAUAAGCAUAAUAGCACUCUCAAACAUGAGGUAAAGUGUACAUGUGAGCAAUGUAACAAAUCAGUCUCGAAAGAGAGUUACCUCAUCCAGCAUGAAGUUAUACACAAAGGUGUAACAAAGUUUGAGUGUGAUGAAUGUGGAAAACUUUUUACUUUGAAAAGCUACCUUAAUAAGCAUAAGCUUAGCCACAAAGGUGAGAAAUUUCAGUGUGAGGAGUGUGGCAAAGUGUUUUCUCGUAAGUGUUACCUUCACAAGCAUCGGCUUAUUCACACAGAUCACAGUGAAAUGUACUCGUGUGAGGACUGUGGAAAAUCAUCUACUAAGAAGGUUAAUAUUACUAGGCACAGAGUUGUUCACACUGACAAGAGGUACAAGUGUAAUGAAUGUGGAAAACUGUUUCUUCACAAAGCGUACCUCACUCACCAUAAAAACAUUCAUACAGGUGAAAAAACAUACAAGUGUGAUGAAUGUGGGAAGGUUUUCUUAUGGAAGAGUAAUCUUGUAGAUCAUAAGGUAUUCCACACAGGUGUUAAAAAGUAUGAGUGUGAAAUGUGUGGGAAACUGUUCUUCCAAAAGAGUCAGCUAACUGAGCAUAAACUAAUUCACACAGGUGAAAAAAAAUAUGAAUGUGAGAAAUGUGGAAAACUGUUCACUUUAAGGAGAUAUCUUAACAAGCAUAAAAGUAUUCAUGUAAGUGAAAAACACUUUAAAUGUGAGGAAUGUGGUAAACAGUUCUCUCGGAGAGGCUACCUUAAUAAGCACAAGCUCACUCACACUGCUAAGACAAAGGAGUACUCAUGCGAGGAGUGUGGGAAAGUAUAUGUUAAUAAGAGAAGUCUGGAGUGGCAUAAAGCUGUACACACAGACAAGAGAUAUGAAUGUGACCAGUGUGGCAAGUUCUUCCUUCAUAAGACCUAUCUUAGUCAACAUAAAAAUGUUCACACGCAAGACAAAAAGUACGAAUGUGACAAGUGUGGGAAGGUGUUCUUGUGGAAGAGGAAACUUACUGAUCAUAAGCUAUCCCAUUCAACUGAGAGGUAUGAAUGUGAGAUAUGUAGAAAGUUGUUUGUGCACAAGAGAUACUUCAUAGAGCAUCUGGUCAUUCACACAGGAGAGAAGAAAUAUCAGUGUGAGGAAUGUGGUAAAAUGUUCCCUCUGAAGAGUUAUCUUCAGAAACACAAGAUCAUUCACACUGGUCAGAAAAAGUAUGAAUGUGAAAAAUGUGACAGAAUCUUCACAAAGAAAAGUAGCCUUAACAAACAUGUUAGUAGUCAUGUUAGCGAGCAGUAUGAGUGUUAUAUAGAGUGUGACAUAGUAGACAUGAUGUGCUAGGUAAUAGCGUGACACAGUAGACAUGAUGUGCUAGGUAAUAAGGACAUAUCAUUCCUGGAAAUGGUCAAUAAUAAGACAAUGUAUGUGAUACAAUAUUUUGUCUGUGUUGUCAUUAUUUGAGUGUGUUUAGAGGUGUUGCCAUUAUCUGAAAGUGUCAUUAUGCAUGUGUUGUUCAGAAGUGUUACCAUUAUGUGAGAGUGUCAUUCAGAAGUGUUGCCAUUAUGCAAGUGUCAUUGAGAAGCAUUGCCAUCCAUGUUCAGGUGUACACUAACAGUAUAUGUACAGUGGUCCCUCGUUUUUCGUAGUUAAUCCGUUCCUGGAGUUGCUACUAUUAUCGAAAUCUACGAUUUGCGAAUCAAUUUUCCCCAUAAGAAAUAAUGUAAAUACAAUUAAUCUGUUCCUGACACCCAGAAGUAUUAAAACAAAAAAUUUUUUUACAUGAAAUAUAGAUGUAGUACAUAAACAAUACAAUGGGAAAUGAUGAAUGAAACAUUAACAGCAUAACACUUACCUUUAUUGGUUAUUCUUUUUAGUGUAUGGGGGACUGGAGGAGGAGAGAGAUUGGAUUGUUUACAGUUUGGAAGGGGAAU